UCCCACAGCCAGGAAUCCGCUUACCGCUUGUCCAAAUUAAAACAGGACCUCAGCGAUCCACUUGAUUAUUCCCGACCCUCUUCACUCAGCGAAUUAUUCCAGGAAGCAGAACGGUUUUGUAAAUCCUCGCCUUGCUCAUAUAUAUAAACAUAUAUAUAUUUUUCUCUGUCGUUCGCCGGCCACUGGAAGUACCUCUGUUAUUCUUUUUUUUCCCCUUCUUUUUGUAACACACGGACGUUCAGUUUCACGCCGGGAGGAAAGGCAAACCUCGACUUUCGCCGACAUGUGCAUGAGACGUUGCUGCCAGUUUAAGACUCUAUUUGCGGUUGUGGCUCUCGCUGCUGUAAUCGCUCAAAUCCACGGAGAAGGUCCAAAAGAAAUUAACAGCAUCAGUAAGAAGGCGUUGGAUGGAGACAGGAACCUCUUCACUCACUUACCCACACAAGACAGAGAAAGUGAAGUUCACUCAGUCACCACUGUCUCACCAAUGAACAUGCCCAACCACCGGCCUAUGCUCAAGGGUCUGCUGCUUAAUGAACACCUACUCACAAGAGACUUCCAGGGAGACCAGCAUUUUUUCAAGAAGGAUGGCUCUGUGGCUGGAGACCCCACCAUGCCCGGUUUUGUCUCGGCUCCAAAUGCGGGCGACACUGUCACUCAAAUCGUGGCCCACAAGGAUGCCCCGGCCUUCUCAGACAUUGCCACUACUGCCACGGAGCCUGCCACCUCUCCGCUUACCACAUUCUCUCCAACAACACCAGGGCCGCCCGUAUCUCUCCCUCUGAAGAAAUCACCCAAGGAGAAGAUGAAGGACUCAGGCGACUUAGAGCCAACAACAGAUUCCCUCACUACUCAAGUGACACCAUACAGCAGAGGGCCAGGCACUCCAGUGGCUAUGUUAUCCUCAAAGGAAAGACAAUUUCCCAUUGAUGCCACAAAUGGACCCUUUUCAACAAUUAUGAAGAAAGACCAGGCCAGAGAGAAAUUGAACCCCGAUCAUCUGAUCUCUAAGCUUCCUUUGUCAUUUCAAGAACAAGAUCCCAGCUCAGCAUCUACGACCGUCAUCACAACUAUCAUCACCACAAUGCAAACAUCAGAGCCAUGCAGCAUGAAUUUUACCGAGUCCGAGGGCAACAUUGAAAUCCAGCAGCAUGUCGACCCUGGGGUGGAAUGCACCUACUUGAUUACUGUCUACCUAGGAUAUGGCAUUGAGGUUCAGGUACUAAAUGUGAGCGUGAUGGAGGGAGAGCAGAUAACAGUGGAGGACACAGGUGGUCAAGAACCUUUCAUCCUCGCCAAUGAGUCAGUGCUGAUGAGGGGCCUUGUUCUUCGCAGCUGGAGCAACCAGAUCUCGAUUCGUUUCCGUGGCAAUCAGCAGCUCAAUUCAGGAUUCCUCCUGCUGCAUUACCAAGCUUUUGUGCUCAGCUGUACAUUCCCCAAAGAGCCCGCGGGUGGAGAGGUUUCAGUGACCAAUCUCCAUGCUGGUGGGGAGGCCUACUUCAGUUGUUUUACUGGAUACAAGUUGCAAGGUCCCAAAAUGCUCACAUGUCGCAAUGCAACUACACCCUACUGGAGUGGAAAAGAACCUCAAUGCGUAGCAUCCUGUGGGGGGAUGAUAAAGAAUGCCACCUAUGGCCGUAUCGUCUCUCCUGGUUUCCCUGGCAACUACAGCAACAAUCUGACUUGCCACUGGGUACUGGAAGCCCCCGAAGGCCACCGUCUUCACAUUCACUUCGAGAAGGUCGCUCUGGCAGAAGAUGAUGACAGGCUGUUGAUAAAAAAUGGGAACAACAUUGACUCUCCUCCUGUAUACGACUCCUACGAAGUGGAAUACUUGCCAAACGAGGGCGUGCUCAGCACCGGCCGUUACUUGUUUGUGGAGUUCACCACAGAUGGGACGAUGACAUCCACUGGAGCAGCCAUCAGAUACGAAGCUUUCGCAAAGGGGAUGUGCUAUGAGCCUUUUGUAAAGUAUGGCAACUUCAGCAGCAGUGACUCCACCUACAGCAUGGGAGCGGUAGUUGAAUUCUCAUGUAAUCCUGGCUACACACUGGAGCAAGGUUCCGUAGUGAUUGAGUGCGUUGAUUCUCAAAACCCACAGUGGAACGAGACGGAACCCGCCUGCAGGGCUGUGUGCAGUGGAGAGAUCACAGAUUCUGCUGGCGUGGUGUUGUCUCCUAAUUGGCCCGAGGCCUACGACAAGGGGCAGGACUGCAUUUGGGGCAUCCAUGUGGAAGAGGACAAAAGGAUCAUGCUUGACAUCCAAGUUCUCAAUCUGGGUAAGAACGACCAACUUACAUUCUACGAUGGUGACGACCUGACGGGCAACAUCCUGGGCCAAUACAGCGGCGCACGGCCGCACUUCAAACUCUACACAUCCAUGGCCGAUGUCACUAUUCAGUUCCAGUCCGAUCCUGCCACUAACAUCUACGGCUACAACAACGGCUUUGUAGUUCACUUCUUUGAGGUGCCAAGGAAUGACACUUGUCCUGAACUGCCGGAGAUCUCCAACGGCUGGAAGAGCACAUCCCACCCCGAUCUCAUCCAUGGCACAGUGGUCACCUACCAGUGCUACCCGGGAUUUGCGUUGGUAGGCUCCGAGAUCCUCAUGUGCCAGUGGGAUCUUACUUGGAGUGGCGACGUGCCAAAGUGUGAUGAAGUCCUGACGUGCCGAGAUCCAGGAAACGUGGAGCACAGUCGGAAGGUGAUCACAGGCCCCCGCUUCAACGUCGGCUCCACCGUGCAGUUCGUCUGUAACAAAGGCUACGUUCUGUCUGGCUCCAGUCUCCUCACCUGCAACAACCGGGAUUCAGCAGUACCCAAGUGGAGCGACAGACUGCCCAAGUGUGCCCCUGAGAAGUACGAGCCUUGCAGAAACCCCGGUGCAGCUUCCACCAGCAUCCAGAGCUCUGAAAAGGCCUUUUAUCAAGCGGGUGAGAUUCUUACGUUCUCCUGCGCUGCAGGCUACGAGCUGCGGGGUGGUGCCACCAUCUAUUGUGUCCCCGGACACCCGUCACAGUGGAACAGCACUCCUCCUGUCUGCAGAGCAUCCUCAGCGCAGUAUGUGAAUCAACGAAGGCUUGAUGUUGUUAGUAUGGAUUACAGCAUGGAGGGGACCAAUAUUACCCUUGCAGUUUUUAUUCCAACUGCAAUCGUCUUGGUGAUUGUUUUGGGGAUUUAUGUCUACUUUGCGAAACUUCAAGGGAAAUCAGUCAGAAUGCCGACAUCCUCUCCACCGUAUGACAACAUGACGGAAGAGUCGGCUUUCGACAACCCUAUUUAUGAAAGUGGAGUAAGUACGGAUGUCAUGAGCAUGCAGGACGUUGAUUCGCAGAACACCAGUGUGCUGUCCUGAUCCUCCUCCAUCCCGCCGCUGUCAUCUCAACGUCAUCUCAUUUCACGCCAGCAGAGGGCACCUUCACCCUCCAUCGCCAUCAGUAUCAUCAGUGAGGGCAAAUACUGAGCAUUGUGAUAUAAUUUGCCUGUUGGGAUAUUCCAUACUUCAUUUCUGUAUAGUGGCAUUUUUCAUCUUUCUGUUCCCUAUUACAAUUGUAAUGUUGUUCAUUUUGAAGUCAUUCCACUUUAUCUAACCAGAUUGAUAAAUGAUCAUAAAGCCCCGUCUGGGAAAUUUAAGUUGCAUUUCCAUACUCUGCCUGCCUUUGCUUGCUUACGUCAUCUUGCCACAAAUACACACAACAUAAUACACUGUCAUGCAAAGGUGGUAAUAAUAAUAACAUAAUAAUAUUUAAUUUUAUUUAUAAUGCCCUUUACAUGUCAAAUUGAAGACUUAAAGGGCAAGUAUUCAUGUCUUUUCAACUAUUUCACAUACAUAUUAGUGAAUUACAACGACAGACCUUCAUUAAUAUUUGUAUUAUUUUGCAUGAAAGACCAACACAAACUAGAGUACACAAAAUCUUUCAUUGGUUGUCAAGUUUGUUUGCACUUACAUCCAGCCCUCUUACUCCAAAAUCACCAAGCAACCACCUUUCAAGAUUUGGUUUAGUAAAACACAAGUCAAAAGUAUUGUAUUAUGAUGAAGUUUUUUUUGUUUGUUUGUUUUACUAUUACAAAUACAAAUGCAAUCUUUGUUUCUGUGGUACGUAUUUGUAUGUAGCCCAUUCUUCUCUGAUACCAAUUACAGUCGAGUACCUAUAUGCAUUCGGAUGUUAUUUUAUCAGAAAAAAUGAAAUUGGUUGCACUGGAUUUUUCUGUUGGUGCUGGAGUAAAAGGGGCAAUAUAUACGUGCACAUUAGUUUGUUUUAGUACAAAAGUUUAAAAACCUUAAAUUAUUUCCUUUAACUUCACAAUCAUCCACUAUUUUGUUUUAAGACGCAUUACAAUCCAGUUUGUGGUUGUAACAUGAUAAAUCCCUACAAGUUCAAGUGGUAGGUAUACUUUUACAACUUCUGUUUUAAUGUAAGGCUAAACAGCACACAGCUAUUGCUGUUAUUUGUAUUAGCAGUUUUAAGCUUUCCCCAUUAUUCU